AUGGCAGUAAGAACAUUAACAAGCGUUGGCAACCUCAUUAAACUCCUCCCAACAGGCACAGUUUUCUUGUUUCAAUUCCUUAAUCCUGUCUUAACCAACAAUGGCCAAUGCCACACCAUAAAUAAGUACUUAUCAGGCAUACUUGUCGCCGUUUCUGCAUUUUCGUGUUGCUUUGCAUCAUUUACUGAUAGCUAUGAAGACAGUGAAGGAAUCAGUCAUUAUGGCAUUGCAACAAAUAAGGGCCUAUGGCCUAAUUCAUCCUCGCAGGACUUGUCUUCUUAUAGGCUUAGAUUUGGGGACUUUGUUCAUGCUUUCUUUUCACUUAUUGUAUUUUCUGUCGUGGCUAUGUUAAACCCUAAUACAGUGGAGUGUUUCUAUCCAUCUUUUGAGUCUACUCAGAAGGUUCUGCUCAUGGCGUUGCCACCGGUUAUCGGGGCAAUUUCCGGCUCGAUAUUCGUGAUAUUUCCGAACACCCGCCAUGGCAUAGGGUACCCUUCAAGCCCAAGCCCAAGUUCGAGUUCAAGUUCAAGUUCUGCUAAAGCUUAG